AUGCAAUGCGCGCUACGCUCGGUGCGUUACGGGCACUCUAGAGCAGCCCGUUCUCUCGCCUCCAGCUCCAGACACCGUCGACAUGCUCGGCACCAGCGCUCCUUUCACGCCUCGAGCGUAUACAGAGAGUCCCCAGAUGGGCCAAACAACCCGGCAGACACGCCGGUGAAUAGCAGCAGACCAAUUGAAGGGGAUACGGCAGCCCCGGAGGCGAAGAAAGGCGCCGCGGCAACAGAGGGGAAGGACAAGAAGAAAGACACGGGCCUGCAGGGGAAGAAGGACAAGGGAUACAGUCCGUACGGAUCGGGCGCUCGACGGGCGAUGAGGAAUCGAAAGGCGGAAGAUAAGACGGCCAAGUCGGUUGCGGUUGACUUGCCGGCCUGGUUCCAUCGACGGAACCUCAAGAUAUCAGAUCAGUCGGCGCAGGUUUCGGAACUUCUCCCUCUGGACGUGCAGAUAUCUCAGCAGAGUGUGAAGGAGAGCGUGGAGGGAGAAGGUGAGCUGCGUGAAGGCCAAGGAGGCGACGAUGGCAGCAGUGGUAAGCCGGAGGAUGGAACACCGUCGAACUCGGACUCUCGAUACACUCUUAGCCCAGAGGUAUGGCAGGAGCUUAGAGCGGCGGUCCAGGCUGGUCUCUCCUUACCUGCUGCCCGGUAUGCCCACGAUCCAGCAUCUGCGAAGCCUCAUCUUGUCUUUCAGUACCCUGGUGAUGGUGGAAUUCUCUUUCUCGACGCCGUGGUCAAGAGCCUGGCUACGGACCUGAAUACCAGCAUCGUCACUUUGAACGCGCAGGAUAUCGCCGAACUAUACGGCCAGCAACGACAGGAGAACGAUCAGCUGUCUAGUUCUAUGAUGCUCUUGCUUGGCUAUGACGUCUACCGGCCUCGACAGCGACUGUCACAGAAGGAACUCGAGGAAGAGACAGAAGAGAAGGAAGAAGAGGAAGAGAUGGAAGACGAAGAGUCAGAUCGCUGGUCUUCUCAGUCUGGCACUGUUCCCGUCACAAAGAUCAAUGCUGAUAUCUCGGGCAUGAUCAAUCCGUCCAUGCUGCAGUCUCUGUUUGGCGGAAAGGGAUCCUUUGGAAUCGCCAAGGUGGUUCUUCCCAGUAGUGAGCGGAAGGGCGAUAUGGAUUCAGACGAAGACGUUCGAUGCCUUCGAUUGAUUAAUGAGCUGCUGGAUGUACCCUUGGGCAAACGUGUACAGGCCGAUCAAGCAAAGGAAGAACCAGCAUCUUCUACCCCUGAGCCUGUUCAAUCUGCUGAAAGUAUCACCAUCACCAACACUAUAAAUUCGUCAACACCCUCACCCAAAAAGCGAACUCUCAUUCUUCAAAUACAAGACUACCAGGACCUGCUGAGUUCCCGGGGAGGAUCCUUCUUUCUCUCAUUACUACAUAGAACAGUUAUGCGACGACGGCGCAACGGUGACCAGAUAGUCAUUGUAGGGACCGUCUCCGAGCCCGAAGCUGAGAAAGGCUACGAGAAAGCCUUCCCAAGACUAACACCGAGAGACUACGAUCAGCGUGCGUCAACCAUCGUUGUGCCUCCCGCCAUCUCGUCAAAGGCUGCAGAAGAGAUAUUCUCCAAAGACGCAAAGAAGAGGAUACUCGAAAUCAACAUCCGUCAUCUAAAGGGUAUGCUGAAAGCCCGGCUCAGAGGGUCCGAAACUGCUGCUCAGAGCAUUCUCAAUGAUCAGCCCUGGGAACUGGAUGAGGAUCUUGUUCGAACUUCAGGCCUUGAUACUGGGUACUGGCCGUUUGAUCUUGUUCAUCGCAUAUCCACACUCACCCUUGGUUGCGUAAAGCAGGACGAAUGUCUGACACUGGAUCAUAUCGCCAGAGGUAUCGAGCUAGUAGGGAAAAGUGACCAGGUCAAAUGCGACUGGCUCGGCGAGAGGCAGACCAAGGCCAAACCGUCAAAACUGUCUCCUCACAAGGACAAGCGAAACAAGUUACGGCCAAAAUGCAACACGCAUGAAGAGAAGCUCCUCAACGGCGUGGUCGACGCAGAGGGCAUAACGACUACUUUUGCAGACGUCCAUGUCCCGCCAGAGACCAAGGAAGCUCUAAAGACACUUACCUCCCUUUCUCUUAUCCGGCCCGAGGCAUUCACAUACGGUGUCCUUGCGACUGACAAGAUACCCGGACUACUCCUAUACGGCCCUCCAGGAACGGGUAAGACGAUGCUUGCCAAAGCCGUAGCUCGCGAGAGCGGUGCCACUGUGCUCGAAAUCAGUGGGUCAGACGUAUAUGACAUGUAUGUCGGAGAAGGCGAGAAGAACGUUCGCGCCAUCUUCACGUUGGCCAAAAAACUCACUCCCUGUGUUGUUUUCAUUGACGAAGCGGAUGCGAUAUUCUGCUCUCGAACAGGCGCAAGUAACCGCACCUCUCACCGAGAACUUAUCAACCAGUUCCUCCGCGAAUGGGACGGCAUGAACAGUCUCUCCGCCUUCAUCAUGAUUGCUACAAACAGACCCUUCGACCUAGACGAUGCCGUACUCCGUCGUCUCCCACGUCGCCUCCUAGUAGACCUACCAACCGAAAAGGACCGACUGGCCAUUCUCAACAUCCACCUCAAGGACGAACGUCUCGCGCCCUGCGUAGAUCUAGCUGACAUUGCUGAAAAGACACCGUUCUACUCUGGCUCCGAUUUGAAAAACCUCUCAGUCGCAGCGGCCCUGGCUUGUGUUCGAGAAGAGAAUGACAUCGCGGCACAGCACAAGGGAGACGAACCCUACAAAUACCCUGAACACCGUACCUUGCGCAAAGAACAUUUCGACAGAGCAAUGGAGGAGAUCAGUGCAUCUAUCAGCGAAGACAUGUCUUCCUUGACUGCUAUACGCAAAUUCGAUGAGAAAUACGGUGAUCGCAAAGGAAGACGGAAGAAGGCUCAUGGCCUGGGCUUCUCUGCUCCCAACGCAGCUGAUGCACCGGGUGCUGAGACCGGCCGUGUCCGCAAUUAG